GUUCGAUUUCGUGUUAAACCUGUGCGCAUUCAGUUUACGCAUGACGAAUGGCGUCAAGUUGUUAUUGUUGAAAGCGUUUAAUUAUUUGUAAUAAGAUUAUGAGUGCUUAUACAAUCUUUUUACAUAAAAUUGUACAAUAUAGUGACCACAUAGUUUAAUUGUCUAAGUGCUUAACAAGACUUUUCCACUGGAUUCUUCAUUUGAGUGUCAAAAGUGCCUAAAAAGUACUUUGGAUGGCUCUCGUUCAGCAUGUGAAUUCACAUGGGAGCGAUCGCGGCUCACCAUGCCGGUCUUAAAUGGCAGCAAAUAGUGACGGAUAUACAGAACUUUCUGCGAUAUUAACCUGUGAAGGGGACCUGUCAGAUCCCAGGUUCCCUACACAGUUGAACUUACUGGUGAAUAGUUUAAAUAAUAUUUUGGGUGAAUCAGUGAAAGUACACAAACUGGAGCCCUGGAACUCAGUGCGGGUAACGCUGUCCAUUCCUAGGGAAGCAGCGUUACGCCUUAGACAACUCGCUAAUGAAGGCUCGCAACAUCUGAGGGCCCUAGGUAUACUUAGUGUUCAAGUUGAAGGGGAUCAAGUUAUUUCUUUGCGAAUAGCCACUGGAUCAGAACCACAAGAAAUUAUUCUGAGAACCUCCCAAGAUGGCAGUAGCAGUAGUAGUACCACUGGCCAAGCAGAUAUCAGUACUUUCCUGCAGACAAAUGCGACAUCUGUGCCGGCUAGCAGUAACAAUGUGCAAGUGCAAUUCAAAUCACCUAAUGUGGUGUGUCCCCCUGAUACAGUGGUGCCGAAGGUUGGCGCCAAUACGGUACCCCCCAACAACGUUGCUGGCAGUAACAAGCCGUUCGCUGGACCAUUUCCUUUUACCAGCAUGAAUCAGGCCAUCCACAGCAACCGUGAGACACCUUUCAACUCCUUACCUCCCCCGUAUCCCGCGAAGCACCCCCCUGUUACGAUAUCCAGUCCCCUACUUGUUAACCUCUUGCAAAACGACGGAGGUAAGGAUUCAGGUUCAGGUAUCCCAAAAACGACGCCUCCCGUCCGAACGCUGGCCUCUUCCUCGCCCGACGUUUCAACCUCGACAGUGAAUUCGUCGUCAUCAUCAUCAUUAAUGUCGGCGGCGUCGAAACCCAUCUCCUCGACUCAGGCUAUUAGCUCUUCGAUAUCACCAAGCGCCUUAACAACUAAUACUUCCAUUAGGCAGAAUAGCACCGUAAUGACAAGUACAACUGGUAUGGUGAAUAAAACACCACCGCCACCACCUCCACCGCAAUAUCACAGGGCACUUUCUAAUAGUGGAAUGGUUAAGCAGGCUCCUGGUGUUAGUCAUCAUAACAUGAACACCAUAUCUUCAGCUGUACCAAAUAGUUCGUUCUCUCAAAACACGAUAAUGUCCCGUGCCACACAAUCUACAGCUGUGCCUCUACAACAAAAUAACAUUUAUCAGCAACAGCUAGUGAACACCUCCACCCAGCUCAAAACUCCCAUAGGCCAGCCAAGUGUUGCAACACCCAAACAUUUAAUAUCUCAACAACCUGUUACCUCACCUACUAUUUUUGCCAAGGGUCCCACAGCACCUUUAAUGAAAACGGUUCAACAGAGAACGGCUAUUCCUAAUAUGUUAAACAAUACUCAUCCAAAAUUACUUGGUGCCCAAUCUUUGCCAAAAAAUCCCAACAUUUACUUACCUCAGCAAAUAAAAAGUAAUUAUCCCCAGUCUACAACACCCAUUAUGCCUCAAACUGUAGCGACGCCUUCAAUGUCUAGCCUAGACAUGCCCAGUUCGGGUCACAACUUCAAUAAUGUAGCUUUAAGAAGUAUGCCUUCACCACCACCUUACUCAGUGGCUAUAUCAAGACCGUGGGAUUCUUUGGUUAAUAACAGCAGUUCUCUUAUGGAUUUAACUCCUACUUUAACGGAUUUGAAACCAGAUGACUUGGAUGCUUUAUUACCUUCACUGGAGAACGAGUUAACUCAAAGUCCUUUGCCUGAUUUGCCAGAAGAUUUCUUAGCGGAUCAUUCGAGUAUAAUAUCGACUACAGAUGACUUAAUGGUAAAUGAUAACCGGAAAUUUCUCAUCAAUCCUCUGACGGGUGAACUGGAACCGCAGUCUAGCGGGGAGAGCGACACCGAAGAACUAAAAGACGUCUUCACAGGUUUACUAUCACCAGCGAACCUCUCAGACGAAGACACUUGUUCUACAACUCGUCCCGACACGACUACCGAUCAGAGCGAUAGCGAAACGCGUUCCAGUGAUACCAACAAGCCUCAAAGGUUAAAAAACUCGAAAACGAGGGAUCGGGGCAGGGAUUCUCCCGCACUAAAACCCGAAAAAAUCAAGCUCAGGUUAAAACUGGAGAAGUCUGAACCGAUCAAUCCCGCUUAUAAGGUCGAUGUCAGUUUUAUCAACCAGCAACCGAAAAAGGGAACUUCUUCGUUAAUAACAGCUGGAGAGGAACUACGAGUGCCACCUCUUCACAUUUCACUUAGAGGGAGGAAUUCGGCUGUUAUCAAGAACAAAAACAAGCUUAACCCAGAUGGUACCCCAGUGAAACUGAAGGUUAGGAAAAACCAAGAUCAUCAGAAGAUGAAAAAGAAUGAAGUAGGUAACAUUGUUGGAACUCUGGAAGAAAGCGGAAAUGUCAACUCGUUAAUGAUGGACGCUUCUAAUUCUUCAAUGUUAAGUAGACUUGCUCCAAUCGAUCAGAAGAAGUUUAAAAAGUUAAAAGCUAACCAUGAACAUAAGGAUGUAAUUGCUAGUCUGACUCAAGAAAGUGAUCUGAAGUCAAAAUUUGUGAUACACAACCACUACAAAGACAAACAGAAGGAGCGGCGUGGUAGCGAUUCAGAUUUAGUGAAAACGAAGAAAUUUCUCGAUGAGAAUGCCAUAUCUGACGAUAAGAAGCGGAGGUUGAGCCAGUCUGAGCUACCCGAAGAUGACCAACCUGUUUUGGGAUCGACAAACGUCGGUACGAUUGCUGGACUGCCUCAAAAAAUUAGGAAAGACAAGGUCAAAAUAAAAGAUGUGUUCAAGAAAGAUUCUAGUAAGAAUAAUAAGAUUUUUAACAAGAAUUUUGCUGAGAAACUGCAAACAAAGAUGGUGACGUUGCCUACUGCAGGGGAAAUGAAUAUGGAAGCAAAAUUCAAACAGGGUUUGCUUGAGGGUACAGGUGAGAAGGGCAUACCAAGGCCGCCCCAUCGGACUGAAAUAGUUAACCAUCUUAGUACUGAAGCAUCAGCUAGGAUAGAAACACCAGAGAUAAUAAAGGUGAUACCCGAGCCUACUCCUAUCAAUGAUAAGUCCCCGGAAUCUGACAAAUGUAACACGCCCAAUAACCGAAAGUCGGUCGAUGCAGCUGACAAGCCUUCCGUCGUAUCAGUCGGCGGAGUGGUGGUCAGCGGUAAUGGCAACCGGUCACCCAAUUCGGGCGGCAAUCAGGGUGAAGAUAGCGGCAUAGAGAGUAUGGACGCUCUCAGCGAAAAAUCGCCCAACCAGGCGAGUCAAAGUCCGCAUGCCGACAUUUUACCUCCCAAGACUCAAGUGCCUAACAUGCUGGACAUUGAGGCGCAGCUCGCCAAAAUGGAAGGGCUUAAUGGAGACAGUGAUAGGAUAGAAGGUACUACAACGGGACCAGUGGAAGAUGUUAAUGAAAACAAAUGCCAUCAAGAUCUAGCAGCGAAAUGUUGCGAAUUAACGUGUGUAUUGCAAGAUAACAUCAAGCAAGACCUAGAUUCUCCUACUCUUCCUACCAAUAAGCAAUCGGUUGACAGCAAUCUUGUGUCUCACAAGGUUAAAAAAGAUGAAGACGAUUUGGAACCUCUCCCCGUUAGGGUAACACCCGCAUUGUAUACGUACUCAAAUCCGGAUAAAUCACGCGCCGGGUCCGAAAGCCCUGCUCUAUCGGACGAGGACAGUAACUCAUGUUCAACAACCAGCACGUUGCCGGGCAACAAGCAAAGCAAAAGCUUACUGGAACAGCUUUUGAUAGAAAUCCCAAAUGAUCACCAGAUGGUACCUAGUUCGCCUAGCCCUGCGACAAGGUCGUCAGUGAGAACCAGAGCCCUGUCGAAGUUGAACAGUCCUGAGCUGAAUUCGCCGGUCACUAAGAAUCCGUCGUCGCGUGCCUGUAGUACUGGUAGUACAAAGAGGAAAAGGAACGAGUCGGAUAGUUCGAAUCAGAGCUUGGACGAGACGAAGAAGAAAUCUCGGAGAGUUGCGGCUGCUAAUGAGGCGUCACAGACUGCAGAUUCAUUGGUGAAGCGUCAGAACGACUCUAUCACCAAAACGAAUAAUUUGAAGAAACACUCAAAGGUCCAGCCAGAAGAAUCGUCCGAUAGCGACGAGCCUCUUUCCGAAAAGGUGAGAAAAACAUCCGUGACCGUAAAUACUCAGGCGAAAGCAAAGCCAGGAAAAACGGGUGGGCCGGGGAAUGUUGCCAAUAAUAAUUCGACGCCGUCGGUGCCGACGACUGGAACGACGACGACAGUAGCGAAAUCGGCGGCGAUGGUGGUGACCACCAGGAGGUCGGUACGGAGCAAUAUGCCGGCGCAAAAUACAAGGAGUAAAGGGGAGACUAAGGUGCUGGAGAAGGUCGAGUCGGACGCGUCGAGACGGAAAACUCGAAGUACUGUUUCUGAUGUUGAGAAUAAACGCAAAAAAGAGGUAAAGUGACAAUAUGGGAGCGGCUGCUGGGAAGGCAGCCACCUCGCCAAUCAACAACAGCAACACCACUCAGUAGCAGAGCUUUUACAGCAUCAAGCGAACGUAUACCAGUACCCACCGUACAGCCCUUACUUGUGUGACCUAUCGACGUCGUCGUCGUCAUCAUCGUCUAGCGCGUCCUCAGCGUCUUCGUCGUCUUCAAAUAGCCGAGAGGAGGGGGAGGAAGAAGACGACACAUACAGUACCGACGGAGAGGAGUCUUCAUCUUCUGAUCAGUAACCUCUGCUCCUCUCCGCUAAACUGUACAGAUUGUGAUAUGCUACUAGAAUAAGCGAAAUUUCUGAAACUAUUACUUGGGUUAAAAUGGUAAGGAAAGAUGUACUAUUGGUGAAAUAUUAGUGGUUUGUUUUAUAAUUAUUGAGGAGUGUAUUGGAAAUAUGCUUGUUUAAAGAUUUAUUAUAUUUAUUUAAGUAAUUUUGGCUUUAGUUAAUUCAAUUUUUAUUGAUAUUUUAUGUUCCUUUGAUGCUUUAAAAAACAAAAUUCGAUCAUUUAGAAAACUAUCAAUCUAAGAACUCAAAGUGUUUUGCCAUCUUUAUAUUUUGCAUUAAGAUCGUGCUUUCUCUUUUUUUAAUUAAAAGGUUAAUGGAAAUCAAUAUAAUUUGAAAACAAAAGUUAUCUACAAUCGUUCAGCAUAAACAAGCAUGUAUGCUACAGUAUUCCUCAAAAACCACUUGAUUUUCAACAAAAACCUUUUCAGCCACGAUGUCGAUUCAAAAAAGAUGGUAUUCUUUUCGAAAUUUCGUCUAUUCUACCUAUACCUACUAAUAGAAAUUGUACAUAGAUAGCAAAUUUAUUAUUGUAUAUAUAUUAUAUACAAAAAUAUGCAUAGUUCUUACACGAGACAAGCAGAAAGAGAGGUGUACAUUGUAAAUGUGUUAUUUUCCAUACAAGCUACGGCAUAAAAAUAAUAUAUAUUAUAAUUAUACAACUAUUUUACUUUUUGUUUACUUCGAUUUUACGUAGGGCGACAUGAAAUGUGUGCGCGUGCGCUAACGGACUAUCCAAAAUAAUGCGAAAUUAUCAAAUCUCAAACGCCACAAAAAUCAUUUCUGAAAAAUCUUAACAACAUCAAACUUCUAAUUAAUGCAAUGUUUUAGAUAAAUCUCCCAAUGUUUGCUUUGUUUUUUAAUUUAAAAUUAAUAAUAAUAUAAUGGACUAAUUAGAUUAUAUAAAAAUGGUUUUAAAAUUUUAAUUUUGCUUACUUUCAAAAUUAUAAUAUUACAAUCUAAUUAACUUAAAAGUGGAAUCUAUCUAAAAAUGUGUUAAUUUUGGUCAAAAUAUUUUUUAACUGGUUUACAUCUAUUUUAUUAUAAGUAAUUUAUUUAAAUUUCUUUAUUUUCCAAUAUUAUAAGUAAAGAGUGAUCCACUUUGAACUUUAGAAUUUAACGAAAAAAAAAAAAAAAAAUAAUAAUAAUAAUGUAUCACUUUCUUAAACAAUCAUACUUUAUAUGCGAAAUUCUGCAAAAAUUUAUCGUUUUUGCAACCAACGAAAAGUAGGUAUGUAUUAUAGCAACAUAAAGUAGGCUUAGAACCAGUCGUUUCACUUGACAAGAGAGAUAAAACGUCAACCUUUUUUCCCGUCACAGACAGAAAAAAUAGACAAGUAGGUACUUAAAAAAUGAUAUUAAUCUUACCCAAAAUUCCAUCGGAAACUCGAUCGAUAUUGUACUGAUAAGCAGUGAUGAAAAACUGGAUUGCUUCGUGCAUAUCCGACACGGACGUAGUUUUGAGCAGUUUUAUCAUCACAUCGAUAGCGCUAUCGAUUGCCGUUAAAAAUUUCGAGCACAUCUUCAAAAAAUCGACUUCGUUCGCCAGCGCGUCUAAUCGUUUGAAUUCCUCUUCGGAAACGUUUUUGAAUUCGCCUUUAUCGAGUUCACCGACGACUUUGCCUAUAUCGAAAAACAUCGCGUAGAAUACGGUCCAGAUCUUCUACGGAGUGUUGUUGUCUAAAUGGAA